AUGGAGAAUUCCACCGACAAGAGAAAGAGAGUUCAUGACGAGUCUUCUGACUCGCCUGAUUCUGAUACUCACUGUGUCGACUCGGUUGAAGCUAAGAUUCGGAAAGUUGACACUGUUUCUGAUGCUAAUGUUAACUCGUCCGAGUCUGAGUCUCAGCUUACACGAGUUGACUCGUUUGAGUCGUGUCUUGACUCGGUUUUUGACUCGGAUGUUCAGCUUCAUCAGGAUGAUAUUUUUCAUAUGCUUGAUGAUGCUGAGAAUGUUCCGGAACAGACUGAGCGUGACUCGGUGGUGGGUCUGGACUCGGUUAUCAAAAGCUUUGAGGAAGAGAUUCUCACUCCGGGUUUUGAACCGGUUCGGACCGAACCGGAACCGGUUCAGGUGACUGGUUUAGGCGAGAUGCAGAAUGACUUGGGUUACUUAUUUGAGGCCUCUGAUGAUGAACUUGGAUUACCUCCUACUGUGGUUUCAUCUGAUGAACCAGGUCGGACUGAACCGGAAAAUGUGGACCUGACCGGGUUCCUGGGGUUUGAAGAUGACUUUACUGGCAAUGAUGGGUUUGGUUUUGGUGCCAGAUUGUUGGCCGAGUGUGAUGGUGAAAAUACCGGUGCCGAAGAUUUUGUGACGGGAGAUGGGUUGUUUGAUUAUGCUGAACCGGCGGCAGAUGUUUUGUGGCCGUCGGAGUCGUUACAAGCUAUGUAG